AUGAAUACUAUAAGGGCUAAUGCUAGAAGGACGGAGGGUGACAAUGUGGAACAAGGAGCUCCUCCUCAAGCUGAACAAGCUCCAGUUGAUCCUAUGAUCGAGAAUGUUACUCAUGUGGAGUUUAGGGAGAUUCUUCAAGUUUUGGCUCAAGAUGUGACGGCUCAAGCCCAAGCUGGUGACGUCCAAGCCAAUAGAGAGGUUGUAGCUCCCAUGCAUCCUAAUGUGAAUUCGGAGGCUUCAAGAGUGAGAGAUUUUGGAAGAAUGAACCCCUCAAAAUUUUAUGGCUCCAAAGUUGAGGAAGAUCCUCAAGAAUUUAUCGAAGAGGUCUAUAAGGUACUUCUUAUUAUGGGGGUAACUUCGGUAGAAAAGGUGGAAUUAGCCGCUUACCAAUUGGAAGGUGUUUCUCAAGUGUGGCUUAUAGUGUACGCUCAACAAAUUGAGGAUUCAAAACUCAAGGAAAAGAAUAGGAAGGUGGAAAGAGCUAGAACCGGUGAUGGGAACUUCUCCAAUGCUAGAUCUGAUGGACAAGGUUGA